CGCGCAAGGAUUAUUGGUUUUUACCUUAUACGGGGUCGCACACACACAAGCAUCCAAAUUGAUUGGUGCAGGAGCAGAAGGAGCAAAACAUUAAAAACACAACAAAAAUGGGUGCAAGGGAAGACGAAUACGAUUAUCUUUUCAAAGUUGUGCUUAUUGGUGAUUCUGGCGUAGGCAAAAGUAAUUUGCUGUCACGUUUUACGCGCAAUGAAUUCAAUUUGGAGUCCAAGUCGACAAUUGGCGUUGAAUUUGCAACACGCAGCAUAGAGGUCGAUGGCAAAACUAUUAAGGCGCAAAUUUGGGAUACAGCUGGACAGGAGCGUUAUCGGGCCAUCACCUCUGCUUACUAUCGUGGAGCGGUUGGAGCACUGCUUGUUUAUGACAUUGCCAAGCAUUUGACGUAUGAAAAUGUGGAGCGAUGGUUACGAGAGUUGCGCGAUCACGCCGACCAGAAUAUUGUCAUCAUGUUGGUGGGCAACAAGUCCGAUUUGAGGCAUUUGCGUUCAGUGCCAACGGAUGAGGCGAAAUUGUUUGCUGAGCGCAAUGGUUUAAGUUUCAUAGAAACUUCGGCCCUCGACUCUACGAACGUUGAAACCGCAUUCCAAAAUAUACUCACAGAGAUCUAUCGUAUUGUGUCGCAGAAACAAAUCAGAGAUCCGCCGGAAGGCGAUGUCAUUCGUCCCUCGAAUGUGGAGCCCAUCGAUGUAAAGCCGACUGUUACAGCUGAUGUACGCAAACAGUGCUGUCAGUGACCGCCCGAAGCAUUCACCGCAGCAUCGAAAGCAGCAGCCACAACAGCAGCAGCCCCCCGCAACAACAGCCAGAACAGCAACCGCAAGAAGAAUUACAACUAUAACAACGGCAUAAGAUGUUAUUUUUUAGUACCACAGCCACAAGCAAUUUGUCAUUUAUGCAUGAAAUCAACAAGAACAACAACCAACAACAUCAACAAUCGCAACAACAACAGCAACUUUAUCAUCCGGCUGUAGUUAACUGCAGUUUAAACUGAAGUUUUAUAUAUGUAUACAUAUAAAAAAAUAUCGUAUAAAACGUCAAUGCAACAUGCGGCGUAUCUGAGAUAGAAAUGAAAAACACUAAAACACUCCAAAUUCAGUUUAAGCUGUAGAUGUAACUAUAAUUUAUAUAAAUAUACAUAAAUGCUAAUAUUAAAAAUAUUAAUAUUCUUAAUUUUCGCAUCAUAAAUACAUAGUUGUAAUUUUUAAAGAAAAACAAACAACAAUAUUUGCUAUGUACGUUCAAUUUAGCCGCCGCAUUGUUUUCCAGCAUGUUACAAAAAAGUCUAUUGGGCUCGUCCAAUUUCGUUAUUGCAUAUAACAUUAAAUUCUAUAACUUCUUCCCCAAUUACAGCGUCAUAAUUCUUAUAGUUGAAAAAAUCAUUUUAGUUUUUGUAGUACACUUUUUGAGUUUAUUAUUGUACAUCUUUAAAUUUUAACCAUUAAAUUGCAAUUAGCUAUAGAAAUUAAUCCGAAAUGCAUAUUUAUUUACUAUUAUUACAUUGUCAAUAUUGGGCACCACACUACCUUUUUUUAAACUAGCUGAUAAAAAGAACAGUUGUAAAACUUUAAAUACAGAAACAGCAAUGGCAGCAUAAAAAAAAAACUAAAUACAUCAUUUGUGUUUGCUAUGUUGAGUGUGAUUAAAUAAAUAUAAUUAAAAUAAA